AUGGAAAGCACAGAUUCAUCGACAUGCUCUCAAUACCCUAAUCUCCCACCUGGGUUUCGGUUUCAUCCGACGGACGAAGAACUCGUCGUUUAUUACUUGAAAAAGAAAGCUUCUUCGAUCCCUUUGCCCGUUGCGAUUAUAGCGGAAGUUGAUCUUUAUAAGUUCGAUCCAUGGGAGCUUCCAAGUAAAGCUACGUUUGGCGAUCAAGAAUGGUAUUUCUUUAGUCCACGAGAUAGAAAAUACCCGAAUGGAACGAGACCAAACCGUGCAGCGACUUCGGGGUAUUGGAAAGCUACAGGAACGGAUAAGCCGAUAUUAUCGUCAAGAGGAGAUCAAAAGGUUGGUGUUAAAAAGGCGUUGGUUUUUUAUGGCGGAAAGCCUCCGAAAGGGAUUAAAACGAAUUGGAUCAUGCAUGAAUAUCGGCUUGUUGAUAACGCUUCUUUUAAGUCUCCGAUCGUCAAUUUAGCAAACCGAAAGGGAUCUUUACGGCUCGACGAAUGGGUUCUAUGUCGUAUCUACAAGAAGAACAACGGGAGUAGACCGACAGAACGAGAUACAACAGAUCACCACGAUUACAUAGAAAACAUGAUGGCCGCUAAUUCUUCAAAGGCGACAAACCCGAGCGGAUCAUUAAUCGAUCAUCAAGAAACGUCGUCGUUCUUCGAAAUCUUGAACAACGAAGAUGGAUCAAGAAUCCAACAAACCAACGACUCCAUAAUAUCGAAGCUGGCUUCUUCAAGUUCUUCAUUGAAAUCCAUGGUUUUUAACCCUAAGAAACGUUCGUUUCCAACAACUCAUUACUGGAAUCUUGAUUCCACUGAGAAAAGGUUCAAUUCCGAAGAUGAGAUGAAUGGAAUGAUGGAUGGAAGUGGUUCAUUCGUGUCUUUGUUGAAUCCGAUUCAGCAAGCUGGGAUUGGUGGAUUCCAUCCAAAUACAGUAUUGGGUUCAAUUGGUGAUUCUGCUUUUGGUUAUCAACUUUCAUCGGGGAAUUGGAAUACUUGAUCAUAAUUAGUUACGGUUUUGAUUUUAUUUUUUUGGUUG